CUCUCUCUCUCUCUCUCAUUCUCUCUCACACUCUCUCUCCUUCUCCUUCUCCCCACCCCCGUCGCUCUCAUCUCAAGGCGGCUGCUUCCUACACGAGGAGGCGCGGCACCUGGGAGAGGCUGCGCGCCCCCGAGGCCGGCGGGAGCGCGCCUGGAGAUCCCAGCCACAACCAUCCCGCUCCCACUACGGGCGUGUGCCCGCCUACAACCACCGCCAAACCCCAGAAAAUGCACCUUGUGGCCGCCGCUGAGCCCGGACUAACCCCGACCCCCCUCUACUGCCCGCUGUCGCCAGGACUUUCCGCCGCUGUUGCGCCCCAGUUACCCCGCAGAAGUGCGUAAAAUUUACCCGGGGCGGGGGGUGGAAAUCCGACCAAGAUCGGCGAGUUCACACUUUCACCACAGCAGCAGAAUAUCAACGCCAGCACAAACAAGGCCCGGGAUGAUGUUGGUGUUGGUCGGCGCGCUGUUGUUGGCGGCUCCCUGGAGCGCCCACGCCUGCCCCGAGCUGUGUGUUUGCCAGGACAAAUAUUCGCACCAAUUCGCCGACUGCGCCUACAAGAACUUCGCCUCCGUUCCGGACAACCUGCCCCAGAAUGUCACCACCCUCAGCCUGUCGGCCAACAAGAUCAGGUCGCUGCUGAGCAGCUCGUUCCUGGGGCUGCCGCAUGUCACCUCCCUGUGGCUGGCCCACAAUGAGAUCUCCACCAUCGAGGACGGGACUUUGGCUAAAUUGUCCCAACUCAAGAACCUGGACAUCAGCCACAACCAGAUCGCCCGCUUCCCGUGGCGGGACCUCUACAACCUCACCUCCUUGCAGCUUCUGAAGAUGAACAACAAUUUCCUUUUCGGAUUGCCCAGGGAUGCCUUCUCCAACCUCAAGGAUCUGCGCUCUCUCCGAAUCAACAGUAACAGCUUCCGUACCUUCCCGCGGGGCACCUUCGAUUCCUUGACCUCUCUGUCCCAUCUCCAGAUCUACACCAACCCCUUCUCCUGCGACUGCCGGCUGGAGUGGCUGAAGGAAUGGGUCCUCCAAGCGCUCAUCUCCAUUCCAGAGAAACAGGACAUCCAGUGCUCAGAGCCGGUGGGGCUAAGGGGAACGGCGGUGGUGGACCUCCCCCAGUUACACUGCGCCGCGCCUCAGGUCCAGCUGAGCUACCACGGCAGCAACGACACGGCCGGCUUCUUCCAAGGCCAAACCCUCACCAUCCACUGCAACUCCACGGGCAACCCCGCGCCACAGAUCCGCUGGAAGGUGCGGACAUCCAACACGGAGGUCGACCUCAACGAGGCGAGGGCCGGGGCGAUGGCGAGAGGGGAAGGGAGGGUGUUGGCCAGCGGCAAGGAGGGGGAACAGGAACGCUUGGUGGUCCUGAAGAACGGGACGCUGGUCAUCCCCCGCCUGACCAAGUACGAGGAGGGGGUCUACACUUGCCUGGCCAGCAACCUGUUAGGAAGCAACGAGUCUUCCUUGGAAGUGGUGCUUAGUCCCAAUGCAAAACGGGACCCCGGCUACACUAAGGGACGUGCGCCGAGCCCCAGCGCCUCCACCAAGCUCCGGGCGAAAGGGGGAGUCACCAGCGGGCCCGACCUACAGGGGAAGGUCGGACAACUGGAGCCCACGGCGGUCGGCAAUCCCACCCGAGACCCUGCCCCAAGCGCCCCGGACGCACUGAGCUGCGCCAAGAGAGAUCUAAGCCGCUUCAUCUCCAACCACGCGUUCAACAUGAGCUCAGAGAUGAAGCCACGAACCUUUGAUUUCGGGGUACUGGCCAUGGAGGUGAGUGACAACGACGCCAGGGUCCAGUUGACUCCUUUCCAGAGCCCGGCGGGCGCCAGGAAGCCCCAAAUGUUGUUCCUGUGUUGGGGGCAUGUGCCGGGAGAAGUGUCGGUGGUCCAGUGGUCCACCAUCGAGAGCGGGGUCAACUCGUACCGCUUCCAGAAGCUAAAACCGGGAUCCAACUACACGCUAUGCUUCACCCACACCGACUGCCACGACUGCCAAGUGCAGGUGGUCUUCACCACUCGCAGGAAGAUCCCAUCCUUGUUCAUCAUGGUCGUGGUGAGUUGCAUCCUCCUGAGCGUGGCCACCGUGCCCUUGCUUGGGGCCACCUGUUGUCACCUGAUGUACAAGUACCAGGGCAAGACCUACAAGUUGAUUAUGAAGACUCAGGUCCCGGGCGGCGUGGAGAAGGAAGCGGGCAGCCCUUUCGAAGCGGCCGCCGCCGCCUCUUCUCUGCACGGCUCGACUCAGGUCUACGAGGCCAGCGAGGCUGGGGUUGAAGGAGGUAGCCUAGAUGCUGAGGGCAGGCCAGAGUCUCAGGUCAAAGCCAACCCCGACGAGUUCGAGGUUUACUCUGAGUACAGCGACCGCCUGCCGCUGGGGGCAGAAGCCGUCAACAUCGGCGAGGAGAUCAAUGGCAACUACAGGCGACCAGUGCGCUGAGAACGAUCGCCAACGAUCGCCAACGAUCGCCAACGGUCGCCAACGAUCGCCAAAGAUCGCCAACGAUCGCCAGCCAUGACUAACUAACCCAACCGCAGAAAAUACACAACAAAUACCCAAAUCUCGCCCAGGAUUUAAAAAAAAAACCCCUCUAGAUCUACACACGGUGACAACGGCCGUGGUUUUUAUUCAGUUUUCAGAAUUUUACCGUUGAAUCGUAUUACCGGUGCUGGCUCGAAGGGCCAAAUGGCCUCCUCCUGCACCUAUUGUCUAUUGUCUAUUGGCAGAAGUAGCACGGAUUUGGGAAUUAGCAGCCUUCCCCUUCGCGACCAAAUGUCCCAAGUCAACCAUCUGAGAGCGACUGUUUCGUUUGUGUGUGAACAUUCUUUAUUGGAAAACUAUGGUGCUCGGGUUGAAGGAUUUUCAACCAUUGUUGACCCUUGUAGACUUUCUUUGGGCGUCUGCGACCUUUCACUGCGACCCUCCC